UUUCUCUUCGCUCUCCUCUACGAUACGCUCUAAGCUCAGCUUCUCUUUUCUCUCUUGCUCUCUGCACUCUGUGAUAUCAGAUACUGAAUAAAGAUUAAUGACUGAAAAAUGUCUUUACAGCUGAUGGAUCAUUAGUUGAUUACAGAAGGUCUUGAGUUGGAGUAUUGGAUGGCAUUGAUUGCUGAGUUGUUAACUACCACAAUAAUCGUGGCUACACGGCCCUUCUCACUUAUCAAGCUUUUAUGCAUGUUGGGAGUAAAAACUUUUUUCCUCUUCACUAGUCUAUGCAUAGAGUUGGUGAAGACAGUAAUCAUCUUGCACUUGAAUUUCUUCUGGAGAAUCAUUGUAUGGGUAGUCACUAUUAUAUCUCUUCCUGGACGAAUUCUGACUGCCUUACAAAGGGAGAAACAGCUGGAAAUGCAUUUACAUAAUAUGCAAAUCGAGCUCGAGAAUCUGGCAUGGGAUAGGAAAGAGCUUGAGGAACAUCUUCAUAAAGCAUUUAGAGAACAAAAAAUGAUGGAGUUGAUAAUAGCAGAGCUUGAAGAAGAACAUGAUAAGGUCAUUGCCAAAAUUGAACUGCUAGUGGGCGAGUUGCAGGAUCUGAAAACUGAAAAUCUUCGUCUAAAAGAAAUUCAAGGAAAGAGCUAUUGGAGCUUAAAAGGUCAGGAUCAAACGAGUGAUAUGCAUAAUACAAGAAUCUCUGACUGUGGCAUUCCCUACGGGAUCCCAUCAUGGAAAUCUAGUUAUGAUGGAAGUGGUAUUGUCCUCCAGGACCGCCUAAUGCACAAAGAUGCAUGGGGAGAAGAAAGUAAACCUAGAACCGAGUUGAAGAUCAUAAACAAUGAUUCAAAAUUGGUUGGGCCUGUUCAGCCUAAUAUGCCUUCAACCAACACAAGAACCAUAGAUAUUGGUGAAGUUUUUGACCAUCGAAGGGUUAUCGCAAUGAAACAGAGUCUAUUUAGUGCAGUAUUAUCGCUUUUGGUUGGGGUGAUUAUCUGGCAAGCUGAGGACCCUUGCAUGCCCCUUGUUGUGGCUCUCUUCUCUGUUGUCGCCAUGUCCUUAAAGAGUGUUGUUGAGUUUUUCUCAACCAUAAAGAAUAGACCUGCUUCGGAUGCUGUUGCUCUCUUAAGCUUUAACUGGUUCAUACUUGGCACACUUACCUACCCGACACUGCCGAGGGUUGCCCUUAUGGUGGCACCGGUAACAUCAAAACUUGCGCACCGGGCAUUAAGCUGGCUUGGUUUCUCUUUCUCCUAGCUCAGGUCUCCUUUUCUUUGUGUUUUUCUUUUUUGUUUCUUACAGUUAAGCUCACUACUUGUGCCCCUUUUUUUUUUUUGAUAUAUCUAUAUAUAUACAUAUUUUGCAUGUAUUAUGUAGAGCAGAACCUGGUAACCUAAAGUUUGUUCUUUUGUACAUGGAGUGUUUCAAAUUUUGUACAGUGUAAGGUUGUUCUAUAAUCUUGAA